GCCAUCGUGACCUUUGUCAACCAGAAGCUGGAGCGCCUGGGCCUGUCUGUGCAGAACCUGGACACCCAGUUUGCAGAUGGGGUCAUCUUGCUCUUGCUGAUCGGACAGCUGCAAGGCUUCUUCCUGCACCUGAAGGAAUUCUACCUCACGCCCAGUUCUCCUGCGGAAAAGCUGCACAACGUGACCCUGGCCCUGGAGCUGCUGAGGGACCACGGCCUCCUGCAGCAGCCGGUCAGCCCCGAAGCCAUCGUGAACAAGGACGCCAAGAGCACGCUGCGGCUGCUCUACUGCCUGUUUCGCAAGCACAAGCUGGAGGCGGACCUGGGCCAGGCGCCCCGUGGAGCCCCACGUUAGCCGUCGCUGUCCCCCAGAAGCUGGGUGGCCCACCUGGGGACCCAGGGCCGGCCUGGGCCCCACCCCCUGCACCCCCUGCACCCGCAGCCUGUCUCGCUGCACUUAUUUAGCGAAAGCUGUCCUGGGAGGGACCCUGGGUGUCCUGGGAAGGCUCCACGCAGGCCCGGGGGUGCACUGGGCCCCGAUGCUGCGCCCCGCGCCCUGCGCCCUGCGCCCCGCGCCCUGCGCCCCGACGCUGCGCCCCGCGCCCUGCGCCCUGCGCUGGGUGGCCUGCGUGGAGCCCGGCUGCAGCCCCGCCUGGAACCCGCGGCCUGCUUUCCGUCUGCCGUGUUUUGCCUGCGCUAGAAUUUCCUAUAAACCGUCUCCCGGGA